AUGAAUCCCAUUUUGAAAUCAAAUGGCAAGUCCCUCGUUUAAAAGGCCAAUUUCUACUAUUUCAGGUUAUUAAAUCUCUCCUACGAAGAGACAUUCAGACUCUUAUUCAAGCUCUUAGCAUGUAAUUCUAUUCCAUUAAGACUUAGCUAUACUCUCCUUUUUUGUAUUCGAUGCAUUACGCUUCAGAUCAUAUUUGACCAUGUCUGAUAUUGCUGUAAUACCAUAUUCCAGUUUCAGCAUCAUGCUAUUGGGACUAAUCAUUGUUCACGUAACAUGAAAUUUAAAUUUUUAGUACUCAAAGUGGACUGUGAAUCACCUGUGCCAUGGUUUUGUCUAUAGGACAAUCUCAAAAGAAUAUCAAGGGGAGUUUAGAGACAUAAGAGUUAAGAAAAUUUUAAAAUGGCUAUUUGAUGGAGUAUACUAUUCAACAACUUCUGUAUAUAAAUCAUUUUUAUUAUCUUUAGAUACUCUGUUGGUAUCUCUUCCAUGAAGAGCCUUGGUAUCCAACUGGGUUGGGAGGUACCAAUUACACAAGUAUUUGGUAAGACUUCCCAAAUAUGAUAAAUGUAACAGUUUAUAAAAUAUUUUAGAAUAAAUGGGCAAUCCCCUUUUAUAUGAUUCAAACAGCUAAUCAUUUAUAUGCCUUGGUCCACUUGGCAAUAAAGAGGAAGGAAGUAGAAACCAAAUAUUGGGAAUACAUGUUGCAUCACACUCUUGCAACUUGUCUGCUCAUCUUCUCAGCCCUUUAUAAUCAAUGUUAGAAUAUCAUAUUUAUGGUUUAGUUCGAUUUGGAAUUGUCGUAUUGGGAAUUCAUGAUGUUGCUGAUAUCAUCUUAUCUCUCUCAAGAGCUCAACAUGACUUGAAAUCAAUCAAGUCUCUCAUGUAUAUCCAAUACGUAUUGCUUCUAAUCACGUGGAUAUAUACCCGAGUGAUCAUCUUUCCUCAAAUUAUCUUGGAAGCAAUUAUGCACUACCAAAAUUAGUAUUUUAUAAUAUUAUUAUUUAAGUCCUGAGGCAGCUUGGGGAAACAAGUAUCUCAUUGUGCAAAUGUGCAUCUUGGUUGGAAUGCAUUUAUAUUGGACAUACUUUAUGAUGCAGGUGGGCAUUAACGUAUUCAAGAAGGGGAAAAAAUAUGAGGAAAUUAACACAUAUGACAAUAAAGAAAUUCUAAAAUAAGGAAGAAAUUGA